AAUGAAAACAGAUGGUUCUGGUGAAAAUUAGGCUCUAACAAAUGGAAAUGGAUCAAAUACAUAACCAUAACAAGAACCAAUGGUUCCAUAUUUUGAACUUCUUAGGUAUGCAAGCCCAAAAGAUAAAGUACUAAUGUUCUUAGGUGGGUUUGCAGCAUUUUGUAAUGGAGCAGCAUUUCCAAGUUUUUCAAUAAUAUUUGGAGACAUGACUGAUUCAUUUUCUGAAGCAGGAGAUGAAAUGGUUCGAUAAGCAGGUUUGAAUGCAAUGUAAGAAUAUAAAAAUGAAUAUAGAUAUUUCAUUAUUGUGGCAGUAGGUACAAUGCUUAUGUCAUUUAUAAUGUUUGCAACUUGGAUGAUAACAGGAGAGAAUUAAAGUAUAGAAUUUAGAAAGAGAUACUUCGAAGCUAUAUUAAAAUAGGAAAUAGGAUGGUUCGAUACAAUUAAUCCUAAUGAAUUAAAUAGUAAAGUAGCGAAUGAAACAUUUGCAGUAUAAGGAGCAAUAGGAGAGAAAGUUCCAACAUUUAUAAUGACAUUUUCUAUGUCUUUCUUUGGAUUCUUAAUUGGCUAUAUUUAGUAAAAAUAAUAAUAAAUAUUUUAGUGGUUGGUAAUUAGCUUUAGUAGUAACAGCUACUUUACCAGCAAUUUCAAUAGCAACAGCAAUAUUUGCAAUAAUAAUUUAAACAUCUGAGAAUGCAACAUAAAAAGCAUAUUCUGAUGCAGGAGCAUUAGCAGAAUAAGCAAUUAAUGCAAUAAAGACAGUAAAGAUGUUAGAUGGUGAAGAUUUUGAAGUUGAGAAAUAUAAAAAAUAUCUUCUUUAAGCAACAGCUACAACAAUUAGUUAUUAAUUUGGAGUAGGAAUAGCAUUUGGAUUUUUAUGGGCAGCAAUGUUAUGGGCAUAUGCACUUGGUUUUUGGUAUGGAGCUAAAUUAAUUUCUGAUUAAGUAAUAAAUAAUAUUUAUAUAGACUUUAAAUCAUAAUAUGGAUUAAGUAUAUACAGUUGGAGAUGUAAUGAUUAUCUUUUUUGCUAUUCUCACAGGUGGAUUCUCUUUAGGUUAAGCAGGUCCUUGUGUAUAGAAUUUUGCUAAAGGUAGAUAAGCAGCUGUUAAAAUGUUUGCUAUUUUAGAUAGAACUCCAAAAAUAGUUAAUCCUAUGAAACCAUUAAAAUUGACUUCAUUUAAUGGAAGAAUAUUAUUAAAGAAUAUUGAAUUUAGUUAUCCUAAUAGACCUGAUCAAAAGAUUUUAAAAGGAUUAAAUUUAGAUAUACCAGCAGGUAAAAAAGUAGCUUUAGUUGGUGAAAGUGGUUGUGGUAAAUCUACAGUAAUGUAAUUAAUUGAAAGGUUUUAUGAUUCAGAAAAAGGAGAAGUAUUAUUUGGUGGAGAAGGAGGAAUCAAUGUAAAGGAUUUAGAUUUAAUUGAUUUAAGAAGUAGAAUUGGUCUAGUAGGAUAAGAACCAGUACUAUUUGCUACAAGUAUUAAAGAAAAUCUAUUGUAUGGUAAAACAGAUGCAACAGAAUCUGAAAUGAUAGAUGCAUUAAAGAAAGCAAAUGCUUGGGAUUUUGUUUCUAAAAUGGAUAAAGGUUUAGAAACUUAUGUAGGAAUAGGAGGUGGAUAAUUAAGUGGUGGAUAAAAAUAAAGAAUUGCUAUUGCAAGAGCUAUUUUAAAAAGACCAUAAAUACUAUUAUUAGAUGAAGCUACUAGUGCUUUAGAUAGAACUAAUGAAAGAUUAAUUUAAGAAACUUUAGAUGAAGUAUCUAAAGGAAUUACUACUAUUGUUAUUGCUCAUAGAUUAAGCACUAUAUAAAAUGCUGAUUUAAUUUAUGUUAUUGACAAAGGAGUUGUUGUUGAAAUUGGAACACAUUAAGAAUUGAUGAAUUUACAUGGCAAAUAUGAAAUCUUAGCUAAAAAUUAAAUUUAAGCAUAAAAUCAAGAAAAUGAUUCUGGAUCUUAAAGUUCAGGAUCUUAGAAGAAUCUUUAAGAUUAAUAAGUAGGUUCUUAAAGAUCUCUCAAAAUUAAAAUGAAUAUGGUUGAUCAAUAAAAUAUAGCACUUGCUGUUAAAGAAGAAAUUGAUAGAUUCAAAUAAUUAGAAGUACCAGAAUUAGUCAAAAAAGUUUCAGGAUAAGGACAUCAUCAUCAUCAUCAUCAUAAAAAAAAUGAAACUGAUUUAGAAGCAUAACCUUUACCAAAAAAAGAUGAACCAAAAAAAGAGGUCGAUGCUUAAAUGGGUAGACUAUUUACUUAUAAUUCUGAUGAAAAACCUUAAUUCUUUAUUGGUAUUAUUGCAGCCUUAGCAAAUGGAUGCACAUUCCCAGUAUUCUCAUUAUUCUUAGCUGAAAUGAUUACUGUCUUAGUUGAAUCUAAUCCUUCCUUUGCUGAUUAUAAAUGUUCAAUGACAUAUAACAAUCCAACACCAUAAAUGUGUUAACUCUUAAAAGAUGAUCUUAAAGAUGAAGUUAAAAACAAAGCUGAUAGACUUGCUCUUUGGUUCUUCUUGAUUGGACUUGCUGCUUAAAUUCUAUGGACAUUCCAAAUGUAUUUCCUUGCAUAUGUUGGAGAAAAAUUAACUUGUAAAAUUAGAUUAGAUACAUACAGAAAAUUAUUAAGAAUGCCUAUCCCUUAUUUUGAUAUUCCCAAAAAUAAUGCAGGUACUUUGACAAGCAGACUAUCCGUGGAUUGUAAAUUGAUUAAUGGGCUAACAUCAUCAAUUUUAGGUAUUAAUAUAUCAAAUGUUGGUGCAUUGAUUUGUGGUUUGGUUAUUUCAUUUGUUGCAAGUUGGUAAAUGACAUUAAUUAUGCUUGGAUUGGCACCAUUAUCGUAUGUUGGAGGAAUAUUAUAAGCAAAAUUUUUGUAAGGAUUUUCAGAUUUAACAGAUGAGGCAUAUAAAGAUUCAGGUAAUUUGAUAAUGGAAGCAGUGACAAAUAUAAGAACAGUUGUAUCAUUUGGAAAUGAAUAGAUAAUUCUUGGAAUAUAUUCAAAGAAGGUUUAACUUCCAUUAAUGAAAGCAAAAGAAAGAGGGAUUUAUGCUGGUUUGGCAUUUGGUUUUUCAUAAAUGCAAAUGUUUAUAAUAAAUGCAAUAGUAUUUUAUGUAGGAGCAAUUCUUUGUAGAGAUGAAGUAAUUACUAUAGAAGGUAUGUUUAAAUCAAUUCUUGCAAUAACAUUUGCAACAAUGAGUGCAGGAAAUAAUGCAGCAUUUGCAGGUGAUAUAGGAGCUGCUAAGAAUGCAAGCAGAAACAUUUUUGAAAUAUUAGAUAGUGAAGAUGAAUUUUAAAGAGAAGAGAGAUUAAAAAAAUAAAAGAUUACAAAACCAGUUCAAGGAGAUAUUCAUUUUAAUAAUUUGACUUUUAAAUAUGUAGGAAGAGAUAAGAAUGUAUUUUAAAAUUUAAGUUUGAGUGUUAAGUAAGGAUAGAAAGUAGCAUUUGUUGGUCCAUCUGGUUGUGGUAAAUCUACUUUGAUGUAAAUGUUAAUGAGAUUUUAUGAACCAGAUUAAGGAGUGAUAACAAUAAAUGGUAUAGAUAUUACAGAUUAUGAUAUCAGAUAUAUUCGAAGACAAUUUGGUAUAGUAUCAUAAGAACCAGUUUUGUUUAAUGGUUCAAUAAGAGAGAAUAUUUAAUAUAAUCUACCUUCUAUUACUAUAGAGCAAAUAGAAAAUGCAGCUAAGAAAGCGAAUGCUUAUGAUUUUAUAGUCAAAAACUAAUUUGAAGAAACCUAAGUUGAAUAAAAGGGAAAUGAAAAAUAAAGAGGAUAAGGAUUCGAAAGAUAAGUUGGACCUAAAGGAGCAUAAAUCUCAGGUGGAUAAAAAUAAAGAAUUGCAAUAGCUAGAGCUAUUCUUAGAGAUUCAAAUCUUUUAUUACUUGAUGAAGCAACUAGCGCUUUAGAUGCUGCUAGUGAAUAAUUAGUAUAGGAUAGUUUAAAUAAACUUAUGGAAUCAAAAACUACUGUUGCUAUUGCUCAUAGAAUUUCAACUAUCAAAGUAUUUAAUUAUUUAAAUUUAUUAGGAUUCUGAUGUUAUAUAUGUCUUCGAAGAUGGUAAAAUCGUUGAAGAAGGUAAUUACUAAAAAUUAGUUGGUCUCAAAGGUGCAUUCUACAGAUUAGAAUAAGGAAUUGCUAAAUGAUUUAAAUUUUUAUAUUGUUAUUUAAAGUUAUUUUUAAUAUAAACA